ACACCUCAGAGAGUUGCUCAUUUUAAGACAAGCUUUUAAAACCCCAGCCUAUUCUGUCUGGUAGCCAGGGAUCACUGCUGUCGCCACGUUUGGCUGUAUCACCUGUAUCUUCAACCAUCUGUUUAUGAGGGUCAUCUGAUACAAUGGCAAGCUCAAGGGGCCGGUCCAAGAAAAGGGCAGCUGUGGAUCAUUCUCCUGAUAGCCUUCCGUUGAGGAGCUCCGGUAGGCAGGCAAAGAAGAAAGCUAUGGAGGCAACCGACGAUGAUGAAGAGGGUGGCUUAGAGAAGAAGUACAGGAAGUGUGAAAAGGCUGGCUGUACGGCUGUGUGUCCUGUGUGCUUUGCGAGUGCUUCUGAAAGAUGUGCCAAGAACGGCUACACAUCUCGAUGGUAUCAUCUCUCCUGUGGGGAGCAUUUCUGUAACGAAUGCUUUGACCAUUACUACAGAAGCCAUAAAGAUGGAUAUGACAAAUACACUACAUGGAAAAAAAUAUGGACUAGCAAUGGCAAAACUGAACCUAGUCCCAAAGCAUUCAUGGCAGACCAGCAACUCCCCUACUGGGUUCAGUGUACAAAACCUGAGUGUAGGAAAUGGAGGCAGCUUACGAAGGAAAUCCAGCUCACUUCACAUAUAGCAAGGACUUACCGCUGUGGUAUGAAACCAAAUGCUGCUCUUAAGCCGGAGACCUCAGAGCCUUGUGCCUUCCCAGAGGACCUCAGAGUAUCGGAAGUGUCUGACCAUUGGUGGUACUCCAUGCUCAUCCUACCUCCCCUGCUGAAAGACAGCGUGGCAGCUCCGCUGCUCUCCGCUUACUACCCUGACUGCGUGGGCAUGAGUCCCUCCUGCGCCAGCACGCACCGCACAGCCAGCAACACCAGCCCGGGGAAGCUGGAGCCCUCGAAGGCAGUGCCCUCCAUGCUCGGUAUGAACAAGUACUUCCAGCCUUUCUACCAGCCUAACGAGUGUGGCAAAGCCCUGUGCGUGCGGCCUGAUGUGAUGGAGCUGGACGAGCUCUAUGAGUUUCCGGAGUAUUCCCGGGACCCCACCAUGUACCUGGCUUUGAGAAACCUCAUCCUCGCGCUGUGGUAUACUCACUGCAAAGAAGCCCUCACCCCUCAGAAAUGCAUCCCUCACAUCAUCGUCCGGGGCCUUGUACGCAUUCGGUGCGUUCAGGAAGUGGAGAGGGUACUGUACUUCAUGACGAGAAAAGGCCUGAUCAACACAGGAGUUCUGAGCGUCAGCCCCGACCAGCAUCUUCUUCCUAAAGAUUACCACAAUAAAUCAGUAAUUGUCAUUGGAGCUGGUCCAUCAGGAUUAGCGGCUGCGAGGCAAUUGCACAACUUUGGAAUUAAGGUGACCAUCUUAGAAGCCAAAGACCGAAUUGGUGGCCGAGUCUGGGACGAUAAGUCUUUUAAUGGCAUAACCGUUGGAAGAGGAGCUCAGAUCGUCAAUGGUUGCAAUAACAACCCAAUAGCGCUAAUGUGUGAACAACUUGGCAUCAGCAUGCAUAAAUUUGGAGAGAGAUGUGACUUAAUUCAGGAAGGUGGAAGGAUAACUGACCCCACUAUUGACAAGCGCAUGGAAUUUCAUUUUAAUGCUCUCUUGGAUGUUGUCUCUGAGUGGAGGAAGGAUAAGACUCAGCUCCAAGAUGUCCCUUUAGGAGAAAAGAUCGAGGAGAUCUACAAAGCUUUCAUUAAGGAGUCUGGGAUCCAGUUCAGUGAGCUGGAAGAACAGGUGCUUCAGUUCCACCUCGGGAACCUGGAAUAUGCCUGUGGCAGCAACCUCCAUCAGGUGUCUGCUCGUUCCUGGGACCACAAUGAGUUCUUCGCCCAGUUUACCGGUGACCACACCCUGCUGAAUCUGGGCUACUUCGUCAUCAUCGAGAAACUGGCUGAAGGCCUAGACAUUCGGCUCCAAGCUCCCGUGCAGAGUGUUGACUAUUCAGGAGAAGAAGUGCGAGUCACUGCUGCAGAUGGCACGACACACACUGCACAGAAGGUAACAAUUGCCUUGCAGUUUCCCUGCAGAUUCUGGGACAGUAAAGUUCAAGGGGCUGACUACUUCGGUCACGUCCCUCCGAGCGCCAGCAAGCGAGGGCUUUUUGCCGUGUUCUAUGACCUGGAUCCCGAGAAGAAGCAGAGCGUGCUGAUGUCGGUGAUUGCUGGUGAGGCGGUCGCGUCCUUGAAGGACCUGGACAGCAAGCAGGUGCUGCAGCAGUGCAUGGCCACCCUCCGCGAGCUCUUCAAGGAGCAGGAAGUCCCGGAUCCCACCAAGUACUUUGUGACGCGGUGGAGCACAGACCCGUGGAUCCAGAUGGCGUACAGUUUUGUAAAGACAGGUGGGAGUGGUGAGGCGUACGAUAUCAUUGCCGAAGAAAUACAAGGCAAAGUCUUCUUUGCUGGUGAGGCAACAAACCGGCAUUUCCCCCAGACUGUUACAGGAGCCUAUCUGAGUGGUGUUCGAGAAGCAAGCAAGAUUGCAGCAUUUUGAAUCGAAUUUGUCUGGACCCGGUUUCCCUGUGUCCCCAGAUGAGAAUGUUUGAGACACGUUGUAGCCCCAUUUCCUGAGAAGGGGAAAAAAGCGCUCUGGAAAAAAUGGCAAAGUGGUAUGGUGAUAGGAUACUAUUUAUUGGACACGUUCCCAGCUCUCUUGGCGCACUAGCCCCAGGAGCCCAUGUAAGCACUUAUUGAAUUGCAUUUCCCACCGAACUGGUCCGACUACUGGUAGACGUCUUCUGGAUUUCAGGAGAGUAAGGCAGCAUAUGAUCUCAAAUUAAGCCCUGGGAUGAGUCUUCUGUGGUCGGAGAUGCUCUUCAGGUUCUGACUGGUCUGUUUUCACACAUUGAGAAACCAGGUUAUCAAACCAGACAAAGCCAUGUUUUUCUUCAACGAGCCUUAAGAUUUUUAUAUAGCUCUACUAUUGAGCUUUUACUGAAAAUUAAAAAAAUUUUUGAUAACAGUAAACUGCCUCAGUACAACAGGUUUAAAGAAAAUGAAGCUUCUAGACUAUUUUAUAUUGUAUAUUUAUUCCUAGUAGGUAUUUAAAUGGAGCUUGCAUCCAGGUAUCUUGUGGUAAAAGCUUAGGUUUGUGUACUCAUUGGCCGAGUAUUCAGCAACAUGUUGACUCCCUUACAGACCAGGUGUACUGCUUCAUUGAACAUGGGCAGUGUGCUCUUCAGACUAGCCACACAAGACUGCUCUCCACUGCACCCAAAUGCAGGUGGUGGCACAUCUUAAACAGCCUCUAUCUUGGCAAUUGCUUGCAAAAACAAUCUUGCCAAUUUAAGGAAAGCCCCUUUCCAAACUUUCCUUUUUAUUAAAAACAUCCAAUUUGUAAGGGUACUUUUUUCAGUUAUGUUUACAUUAUUCCAUAGGCAGGUCCAUGGGAAAACUGCAGAAAAAAAUUAUUAGAGCCUAGUGAACUAUUCCGUUUUAUAAGCCAUAUCUUCUGAGAGCCUGAGAACAUGGCCAGCAUUCACCACUUCCUCUUAGGACAGAACAGUUUGAUGUCAUGAGAAACAAGCAUUAGUUUCAGGGUCUUCAGGGUGCAUCUAUUUGCCUAGAAACCUUGGGGAGAAAAACCGCAGGUUCA